AUGGAGACAAGCAGCAAUGAGAGCCUCGAAUUCUACCCCGCGUUCUGCUUCAAGGCGUCACCAACGCACUUCACCUGGGUGAAAAUGGGGGCUGCAGACGUACAUCGUCUCCGAGAAUUCGGAGGAUUUUCGGUCCAAAACAUAUUCUUCUACAACAACCACCCAAUUCGCUAUGUCAGCCUAGUAGGCCUGAUAGUAGCCCGGACAGACGUCUGGCGGCGCACACUCCUGACACUCGAUGACAGCAGCGGUGCCACAAUCGAGGUCGCAGUACUACAGAAGGUCAGCCCAAAACCGAGUGCCAGCAGCGCCAAAGAAGUUGAAGAAAUCGAGACAAAUAUUUUCACUGGCCAACCUCUCAAAGAAGCCGGCGUAGAGCAAACGCCCUGGUCUGCGUUCUCGGUCACGACCCCAGGAACUCUUCAACCACCCGCACAGAUAAUACAUACUACCACAACAGACCGUGACGAGAUAGAUAUCUCGUCCCUCCAGCCUGGCACGCUAGUGCUAGUCAAAGGCGUUCUCUCGACUUUUCGCAACACAAUGCAAGUAAAUCUCGAGCGAUUCAAAAUAGUUGCCGAUACAAAUGCCGAAAUGCGAUUCUUGGAUGAUCGUCUGCGCUUCCUGAUUGAAGUUCUCUCCGUGCCGUGGGUCCUUACAGAUGAUGAGAUCGCUUCAUUACAAGAAGCUGCCGAGAGAGGCGAUGAGAAGGCUCUUGAGGACAGGAGACGUGCUGAGAAGAGGGCGAGGAAGAGGAUCGAGCGUGAGGCGAAAGACGCUAGGGCUAUUGCGCGGCAGUAUGAGCGCGAGGAAAAGUUUAGGGAGAAGGAGCUAGGGGCUUUGAGAGAGGAUGGGCAGAGGGUUAUGAGGAAGUUUGGGUUCGGUUAG